AUGGUUUGUAUAGACGAAGUAGUUGCUUACUUCAAAACACUUAAAAGCUACGAACGGCUUUGGAUGAUGUGUAGACUCCAAAGCCACUGUCUUCCAAUUGAAUUGAGGUACCUCGGCACUUGUUUAGAUAACUUGUCAAAAAGAGAUAUUCACAUAUUGAAAAAAUUGGAACUCGAAGCCAACGAUCCAGCCAGCGUUAGUGAAGUAGCUUGCAAGUGUAUUUGCGAUAAAACCGUUAGGGCAGCGGUUAUCAAGUAUUUAUCUGUAUUAAACACUAAUAGUACAAAGUGUUCAGAACUAAUUUAUAAAGCGCUAACAGACGACAAAGGUUUAGAACGCAUAUUUAAGUGUCCGAAAGCGUUCUUUAACGAUAAAAACGCAUUUGAGGAGCUUAUGGUAUUGUACACAUUAGCUGUAAAUCAUCCAGCAUUUAUAUUUGAACAAAAAACUCAACUAGAUAGCAUAUUCAACUGUAUUAAGAAAGAAAAAGAGAGACAAUUGUCCAAAAAGAAAGGCGGUGAUCUAGACAAAGAAUCUUCUGAUAUUUUAGAGAAUAUCAACACCAUGAUUCCACCACCCAACUAUAUGUAUCAACAAACUCAAGGAGGGCCAAAUUAUCCUCUGAAUAGAAAUGGCUAUUUAUAUCCUCGUCAUUAUUAUCCAUUUCCUCCUGUAAAUGUUCCACCAAUGCAAGUUUGUUACGACUAUCCACCACCAACAGCAGUUUCAGGAAUUAGAGGACCCCAUCAAGCUAAUUUUUCAAAAUCUCCAAGUCCAGUUUCAUGGCCUCCACGCACAUUCCAAAUAAAUCCACGCAAUCAACCACCAAACAUAAACUCAAAGCAAAGGCAUCCUACGCCACCAAGAUAUCGUAAUCCUUCAGAUCCUAGUUAUCCAUUUUCACAAUCGUGGAACAACUGGAACAUGUAUCAAAUGUCACCGCAUAAUAUGUAUGCCAAUUAUAAUUAUACUCCAGGCAUGGUUCCAUCUUUCUAUCCUGAAAAUGCUAUGGGUCGUAACUACCAAGGACAUGGGACAAAAAGUAAACAUUCGACUGUUAAUCGAUAUCAAGAUCAAUCUAAAAGCCCAAUACCGCCACCAGUGCCUGUGUCUACUUCUCCGAUUAAGGUUGACACUGUAGUUAAGAGUACCAAGCCUCUUUUAACAAAUGCUACAACAAACUCUACAAAUGAAAACGAAUCUAUUCUUGAAACACAUCACCAGAUGCCUUCAUCAUCAAAAUCUUCAGAAGAUUGCAGUCAAAGUAGCUCUUAUAAAUCUAUUAACUCGUCUAGUUCGGAUAAAAUGUCAGGAACUUCUCCUCAACAUGCAGUUGAGGAUAACUCAAAUAAUGCAAGUCCAAAGUUAGUUCAAUCUGAAAAUCAAUGUCAAAAUGCUAGUACAAAAGAGCUUACUCUUGAAAACAAGAUACAACCAGACAAUAAUACAAACCCGCAAACAACUGCUACAUUAGAGAUUCCUAAAAGCGAAUCUACAAAAAAUAUUGAUCUCUCUACGCUUUCAACUGUGUUGGACGAUGGAAAAAAUAAAGAGGAAAAGUCUACUGUCUUGUCAAAUGAUUUAAUUGAAGAAAAGUCUAAAUCUAAUUCUGAUCACAGACCACAAAAUACAAAAAUUCCAGUGCAACUUGAGACUAACACAACAAAAGUAUAUGAAGUUAAAGAACCAACAGUUGGUGCUACUGCAAAACCAAUGAACAACACUUUCACAACAACUAGUUCAUAUAAUGCGCAAGCCAGUAAAUAUUACAAGGGUCGUCCAAUACAAUCUCAGCCAAGGACUUCACGUGAAGGAAAUAUAAAUAAUAGUUAUAAUAGAAAACCUAUGGCAGGGGCACUUGCAGUGUCGUCCUUUAAUGAACCAGCAAGGGAAAAUGUUCAUAAAACUCAUCCUAAAGUACCCAACAAUGGUCAACAAUACUAUACUAUGGCGUAUGAUAACGGAGCAAGUGCUCGAGGUUAUAAUACUCAAGCAUAUUAUGUUCAUCAACCUCAAACUUCUCAACCGAUGUCAGGUUUUUCUCCUAUGCCACGACAAUAUAUACCCCAACAACAUAUUGUUCAAUCUCCUGAGUAUCAGCAAGUUUAUCAACAACCUACUGAAUUUGUUUAUUAUCCAUCUUCUUCACAAACGUUUUAUACUACAACGCCAGUCUUAAUGCAACCUCAAGUGUUGGCUUAUCAUCCUCCAAAAGUAUCAUGCUAUAACUGUGGAGGACAGAAUCAUACAGGAGCUGAAUGUACUGAAUUGACAAUGGAAGAAAUAACAAGUAAAGGUCUGUACGAACAUCAUUAUGGACCAUCAAUGCCAGAUGGCAGACCCCGGAAUUGA